GGUUUGUAGGCUACUGGCGACGUGCGGAACGCGAACCCACGCAACUCGAGCAAGAACGCGAGCUCGAGCCAGGAUGGAGCCGUUUGUUUAACGGAGAAAGCGUGAAUAUUGUUGCACGAUGAAAUGGACGCCGUUGUUCGUGUUCAGUUGUCGAGGCUGAUCAACGUGAAAGUUAUCGCGUGGGGAAGGACUGGAUUUAAAGGGCCAGCAGCACGCAAACGCGAACAUGGACCGAUGCGCUACGGUUCUGGAUCCGGAUCGGGAUAAACAGUAUUGCGAGCUGUGUGGAAAGAUGGAAAACCUUUUAAAGUGCAGUCGGUGCCGGAUUUCCUUCUACUGCAGCAAGGAGCAUCAGAAGCAGCACUGGAAAAAACACAAACUCACCUGCAGAGAGGCGGACAAGACCAAGAUAGUGCCUCAAACUCCUCAUCAGCUGGAGAAAACAACUGAUCCAGACAGAAAAGAUCUGAUCAAGAGAACCGAAAGCUUAGAAACGGACAGCAGCAGCAGCAGCACCAAACCCAAACCCCAAACCCAGAAACUGGCCACUGACUAUAUAGUCCCAUGCAUGAACAAACAUGGCAUUUGUGUAGUGGACAGCUUUCUGGGUGAAGACAUCGGGCUGUCCAUACUGGAGGACGUGAGAGCUCUCCAGCAGACUGGUAAAUUCACUGACGGACAGCUGGUGAGUCAGAAAAGUGACUCUACUAAGGACAUAAGGGGGGAUCAAAUCACUUGGAUCGAGGGGAAGGAGCCUGGAUGCGAGAAGAUCCGCUUCUUGAUGAGUCGCAUGGAUGACCUGGUCAGGAAUUGCAAUGGUAAACUGGGAAACUACUCAAUAAAUGGAAGGACUAAAGCGAUGGUGGCGUGUUAUCCGGGGAAAGGCACUGGUUAUGUGCGCCAUGUGGACAACCCAAACGGCGAUGGGAGAUGUAUCACAUGCAUAUAUUACCUUAAUAAGAAUUGGGAUGCCAAGGAAAAUGGGGGCGUACUGCGGAUAUUUCCAGAGAGUAAAGCACAGUUUGCAGACAUUGAACCCAAAUUUGACCGCUUGGUUUUAUUCUGGUCUGAUAGACGAAACCCUCAUGAGGUCCAGCCUGCAUAUGCAACAAGAUAUGCCAUUACCGUGUGGUAUUUUGAUGCUGAUGAGCGGGAGAAAGCUAAAGAAAAGUACCUAACAGGUGCUGGUGAGAAAGGAGUGAAGGUGGAGCUAAACAAGCCGUCUGAACCAAGCUAAUCAAAUUAUCAUUAAUCUGGACUUUUCUUGGUCACCAGCUGCGUGGAAAAAAAGAAGAGUCAGAAAAGGCAACGGGUGUCCGUGACGAAGCAAGAGAAAGGAGUGGAAGAUUGAAUUAAUGGAGAUUUAAAACUCUGCAGAAAUCAACCACAGUUCCCAGAAAACCAGCUAAUUUUAAAUAUGACUCUGUUGGUUUAAUUUCAGUUUUAAAAAGGUACAGUACUCUGUAUUACAUUUACAUUAAUGCCUCUCAUGUGACUGGAGUCACUGUGCCUCUGAGGAAUGUUUAAAAAGCCUUUUGCUUUUGUUUCUGGGACGAGUUUCUGCAUUUUGACCUGAUCUUUGUUAAUCAAACUGCACAUGUUCUCUAUGCAUGUUAUUUAUUUCUCAUCACUGCUUCAGUUCUGAUCAGAUUGUCUGUUCAUAUUGAAAUACACCCAAUGCCAGCGAGGUAGUGAACUUUCGGCAUGUUUAUUCAGGACUGUGAGCUGGCAGAUGCAUCAUGGGAAUGUCACGUGCAAUUCUACAGCUUUACUUUCUUACAUGCACUAGGUCAGUGCAAGUCCAGUAUUGAACGUUAUUGUCUGUCAUGACCUGCACGGUAUUGUCUAAU